GCUGAAAAAAUUGCACACAUUUGUGCAUUCGGUUUUUGGGGAAGACAAUGAUGACCACUAUGGAUUACAGUGUUACAAUCAUUCUCUGUUUCCUGCUUUGCUUUGGGAAAGUCCACUGUUAUGAUGGUAGACUGGAAGAACGGGAUGUGCAAAUGGCAGAGAAGUCUAAUGAAAAUCAUAUUUUGAAGACUGUCAGUCAGUGUUUCCACGUCAGGGGCAAUCCAUUUGUGACACUGUAUUGUGGGUCUAAUCACAUGAUCAAAAUCAACAGAGCAUUCCAUGGCAUGCACCACCAGAACAUCAGCCGUUGUAAUUUCUUACCAGGGGACUGUAUGGAUGGAGAUUUGUCACCUUACUAUGACUGGUCAAACUGUCUUGGUGCUGAACAUUGCGUUAAAUCUGUGAAACAGUCAUGGCUAAGAGAAUGUGGAAACUACAGCAAAUACCUGCAGAUUGACUAUCAGUGUGUAAAGAAUGAAGAAGUAUUUGACAUCUGUGAGAAAAGCAAUACUUAUGUGACAGAGGGUUACAUAAAAAGUCCCAACUAUCCUUCAUUCUACCCAAUACACAGGGACUGUGAAUGUAACAUCUCAGUGUCUGGAAAGAGCCGCAUGCUCGUCUCUUUUUAUGAUCUCCUCCUGGAGAUGAAUGGAAAGAAAUGUGCUGAUUGGUUGAUGAUCUACGACGAUGACUACAAAGAUUUGAACUGUGGAGAAAUCAUGACAGGAAUGAAGAAUGUGUCUUGGCAAGGACCUCAGAUACGGUUACAUUUUCACACAGACGUUAACAACACUCGGAGACAGUCAUUUUCUUAUAAUACACAAAGAAACCUCAAAGGCUUUUGGGUAUAUUUCAAUGCUGAGCCAAAAGAUGAGGUUUUAGUGAAAUGUGGUCCUACUAAGCCUAAGAAACUUCAAAGUUAUACACCUAAUCCAAUUCCAAAGGGAGGUGUUGUAAUAGCUGGAACUGCGUCUACCUUGCCACGAGGUUGGAGUUUUACCCUACUGCUGAUGAUGACAGUGUUAUAUUGACAUAUUAAUAAGCAGCAUUCUUGGCACUGGGACUCAAAUGCACCCAUGAAGUUGUACCCCAUCAAUAAUGAUACAAUAUACAAAAAUAAACAAAGACUUUUUUUCUGCGGGUAAAUUGAAAGAUGGCCUCAGGGGAUCAAAAUGCAUACAUUACUCAUUCUGUAGCUGGCAAAAAUCUCCUCAGACAAUUGAAAUCAGUAGAUAUUCAUUAGUCUGAAUUAGUGAAGAGGAGAAAUAUAAUCUUGCAUCAUGGAUAUAUAUAAGAACAAAAGUAAGAAUAUUGGCAUAUUCUUGAAUUGAUACUGGAAAAGAAAAGGCACUUCUAUCAUGAUUGGUGGAAGUGCAAUUUCAAUUUGAGAACAGAGACAAAAUGUGAAAAUA